UCCCUCUUUGCUAAUUUGUUUUUUGUUCAUAUCUCCAACUUUGAAAAAGGAAGAGAAAGAAAAAGAGCUCACUUUCCUGAAUCUUGAGCCUUUUCUUCCAUUUUUUUAUUUAUGAAGUAGGUAUCUUCACUCUUCAGUUCUUGUUUGUAGCUACUAACAAAGAAUCUCAAGCUUGAAAAAAAAUUGGUUUUAGUUUCAUACAAUUUCUUUGGAUUUGUGGGCUGCUACUAUGAUAAGCACAUGAAAUUCUCCUUUUGAAGCAUCUUCCAUAGCUUCUUCAGUGGCUGCUUCUCUAUGCUGCUUCUGUGCUCUCCCAUGAAUCCUUGUCCUUCCUCUCUGCUUACUUUCAGGAAAAUAUGAAGGAUGGCAGAGGUUACUUUGAAUUCAAUUAUCAAUAUCUUAUACCUUACAGUGAAUAAACACCCAAUGAAGUUCUACCGCCCUCCAAUACACGCUUUCCUUAUUAUCAUUGCCAUUAUUUCUCCUCUGGUUAUUGCUGACCUAAGUUCUGAUAAGCAAGCCCUUCUUGAUUUUGCCGCUGCUGUCCCCCAUCGUCGAAACCUGAAGUGGGACUUAAAUACCUCAAUUUGUAAAUCUUGGGUAGGCAUCAUUUGCAAUCCAAAUGGUACUCGUGUAGUAUCGGUCCGGCUCCCAGGAAUUGGACUAGUAGGCACCAUCCCGGCCAAUACACUCAGCAAGCUUGACUCAGUCAAAACUAUCAGCCUUCGCUCCAACCUGCUCAGUGGAAGUCUACCUCCUGGUAUCACUUCUCUUCCUUCGCUGCAAUACCUCUACCUUCAGCAUAAUAACCUUUCUGGUGAUAUACCUACCUCACUGUCAACCCAGCUCAAUGCCCUUGUUUUGUCGUACAAUUCCUUCACCGGUGGCAUUCCAAAGACAUUGCAAAACUUAACGCAACUAAGUAGAUUGAGCCUCGAGAACAACUCCCUAUCUGGGCCAAUACCUGCUCUUGAUGUCACUAAGCUCAAGCAUUUGAAUUUAAGCUACAACCAUUUCAAUGGCUCUAUCCCUGCAGCUCUUCAGGUUUUCCCAAAUUCUUCGUUUGAAGGGAACUCUCUAUUAUGCGGAUUACCUCUAAAGUCAUGUUCUGCAGUCCCUCCUACAUCUCCUCCUACUUCGACUCCGGCCCCACCGUCAACUCCUCCAAGACAUAGCUCCAAAAAUAAACUGAGUAAGGUAGCCAUCAUUGCAAUUGCCGUUGGUGGAGCUGUGCUGUUGAUUUUUGUAGCUCUUGUCAUUUUCUUUUGCUGUUUAAAGAAAAAAGAUGAUAGAAGCCCCAGAGUAGGUAAAGAUAAGGGUCCCAGUGGUGGGAGGACUGAAAAGCCGAAAGAAGAGUUUGGAAGUGGGGUGCAAGAAGCUGAGAAAAACAAGCUGGUUUUCUUUGAAGGCUCCUCUUAUAAUUUUGAUCUUGAAGAUUUGCUGAGGGCUUCAGCCGAAGUUCUUGGAAAGGGUAGUUAUGGUACUGCAUAUAAGGCUAUCUUGGAGGAGUCAACAACAGUUGUGGUGAAAAGGUUGAAAGAAGUUGUAGUAGGCAAGAAGGAAUUUGAACAACAGAUGGAGAUUGUGGGAAGGAUAGGACAGCACCCAAAUGUGCUGCCUCUUCGCGCUUAUUAUUAUUCAAAAGAUGAGAAGCUUUUGGUUUAUGACUAUGUCCCAAAUGGCAGUCUAUCUUCUCAGUUGCAUGGUAGUAGAGCAGGUGGAAGAGUUCAAUUAGAUUGGAACUCCAGAGUAAAAAUCUCACUUGGAAUUGCCAGAGGAAUUGCUCACUUACAUUCAGUUGGCGGUCCGAAAUUCACACAUGGAAAUAUCAAAGCCUCAAAUGUCCUCCUCAACCAUGACAACGAUGGCUGCAUUUCUGAUUUUGGCCUGACCCCGCUCAUGAAUGUUCCUGCAACACCUUCUAGAGCUGCAGGCUAUCGUGCUCCCGAGGUGAUUGAAACCCGGAAGCACACUCAUAAAUCAGACGUGUACAGUUUUGGUGUGAUCCUUCUGGAAAUGCUUACAGGGAAAGCACCACAACAGUCUCCAGGACGUGAUGACAUGGUUGAUCUCCCUAGGUGGGUCCAGUCUGUUGUUAGGGAGGAGUGGACGGCCGAGGUAUUUGACGUGGAGCUAAUGAGGUACCAAAACAUAGAAGAAGAAAUGGUGCAAAUGUUGCAAAUCGGCAUGGCAUGUGUGGCGAAGGUUCCAGAUAUGAGACCAAACAUGGAGGAAGUAGUGAGAAUGAUAGAAGAGAUCCGGCAAUCUGACUCAGAGAACCGGCCAUCUUCUGACGAUAACAAAUCCAAGGACUUAAAUGUUCCAACACCAUGAUUAACCUUUUUUCUUGUGUUCAAAACACAUUGAAUUCAAUGGUAUAUAAGAGUGCAUGAAACAGUUGUCUCAGAUGGAAUUACUUUUGUUUUGUUCAGUAGGAAGGUUUAUUUUCUUGAUAUUCUUCUGUAUUAAAGUUGUGAAUUUGUGAUUCAAUUCAUGAUCAUUCAAGAACAAUUUAUUGAUCUUUUUUUAACUGUUAUGCUGGUUGUUGA